ACAGUGCAGAGAGAGAGAGAGAGAGAGAGGGAGACUCAGAGGGAGUUCUGCUGCUGAAGUAAAAGCAGAGUUAUUAGGAAGCAGAAAAUGGGACCGGCUGCCACCUCGCUCGCUCUCCUGUGUUUAUGUUCUCUGGGUGUGUGUGUUCCUACAGGGACGGACGACGCAACACAGGCAUCCCUGUCAGAGGUGAAGAAGGCGAGAGGGGACGUUCCUGAUAUUCUUCCAGAGCCUGAACCAGAACCAGAACCAACCAGCCCAUUGUCGGACUUUGAAAACUCAUACAACUAUGUCUUGUCCAGACUGGCCGGGAUGGACCAGGCCAUCCACAAGCUGAAUGUUGGUCACUACACUCUGGAUGUUAAAGUCAGCCAGUUAAUGGACCGUCUGAUCAGGAUGGACUCUAAAGUCGGGGAGCUGGAGGACACCAUCCGAGAGGUCUACCAGCACAGUAAAGACAACCGCAAGCAGAUGGGAAGACUGGAAGGCUGCCAGAAGGGACACAGGAUGGGUUACAAGUGUUAUCUUGUGUACAACAGCCAUGAGGACUACGCCGGAGCGGCCCGGAAGUGCAUAGAACGCGGCGGCCGCAUGGCGAUGCCCCGCGACCGCAAGGAGCAGGAGGCCCUCGCCGACUACGUCAAGUCCUUCUUCCACCCGGGGAACUGGCCCGUCUGGCUGGGCAUCAACGACCUGCGAUCAGAGGGCAUGUACCUCUUCGAUGACGGGACUCGGGUCACGUACUUCCAGUGGCGCAAACACUUCCUGUCCAGCCAGCCGGACGGCGGGAAGCGGGAGAACUGUGUGGCGAUGUCGUCAGACGAUGGAGACUGGUGGGACCACUACUGCGAUCGGACCAUGAACUAUCUGUGCGAGUUUGACGACAGGGUGGGACUUUAAAAUGAACUCUUGUUUUAUCUUUGACCUCCAUCAGAAAUCAAAGUCCAUUAUAUUUUUAAAUAACUUAUUGCCCUUGAAGGGACACUUUAAACUUACCUGGAUUGGCUGUAAUCAAAGGUAAGGUAGUCCUCGAUUCUCUUUAGGAAAAUUACGUAACACUUUACAAUAACCAUCAUUUAUAAAUGGUAAAUAGAUUAUAAACCGUUUAUAGGCCAUUUAGAAUGGUAAAUACAUAAUUUAUUACUGUUUAACUAACUAAAGCAU